AGAGAGAGAGAGAGAGAGAGAGAGAGAGAGAGAGAGAAGGAAAAGGAAGAAACGAAAAGAACGGGGUGAAAAUCUACGGUGGUCGGUCGACGAACCGUUCGAUCGUCAUCGAGGAUAUUGUCACGGGGUAGUUUUCGGAGCAACCCCUCGAAGCGGCGAAACUGGAAGCUCUCGAAUCGUACUGAACGUCAAAGCAGAAGCGCCGGUGCCCGGGGCGAGGAGGAGUCCUCGACGCGUGCCAGGCUGCUGAUCACAGGCACCGCGCCAGAGACGAGAGACGAAGAGUAGGAGAGGGAUUCGGGAAAAAAACCGUACAGAAACACAUAGAGAGAAAGGAAGAAAGAAAGAAGGAAAGAGAGACGGCGGAUCGUCUCUCGAGCGAGGGGUCCUUCCGUUCGGGUGCUAGGGGUGUGCAGCCUUGGACGAGGGGUCGCACUCGACUCUUUUAAAGUGGGCAAACCGCGCAAAGAAUAAGAGAACGUCCUCGGGGCGAUGACAGGAUGCCUCCUUCUCGAUCAGGACGCGUCUGCGAAGGGCCACCGUCUAGAAUCGCCAUUAGGAUCGGACCCACCAUUGCCCUGUUGCUGAUUCUCUUCGAGAAUCGUCGCGCAACCUGCUUAAUGAGCAACUCCGUGGACGACUGGGUGAGCGGCAACGCAGUGGUCUGCAACGGUAUCCCAGGGAUGACGAAGGAGCAGCGCGACUUGUGCAACAGAAACCCGGACGUGACGGUGGCUGCGAUCAAGGGGCUGCAAAUGGCGAUAGCCGAGUGUCAGCAUCAAUUCAUGUGGCACAGGUGGAACUGUUCGUCGCUGACGCCUAGAAUCCGUACCCAGCAAAGCAGCGUUCUCCUUAAGAGAGGUUACAGGGAGACCGCGUUCGCGUUCGCGAUCUUCGCAGCUGGGGUGGCGCACAGCGUGGCCCGCGCGUGCAGCAUGGGACGGUUGCUCUCCUGCGGAUGCGACCCGUCCAGCUACAAGGAUAAGCCGCCUGGCAAGGACAGGGGCACCCAAUGGAAGUGGGGCGGCUGCUCUCACAACCUCGACUACGGCAUGGAGUUCUCGAGACAGUUCCUAGAUACGCGCGAGAUAGCCGGGGAUAUACAGUCGAUGGUCAAUCUCCACAACAAUCAAGCUGGCCGCUUGGCGGUGGCGAGCAACAUGCAAGUGCGCUGCAAGUGCCACGGUAUGUCGGGUUCCUGCGGGCUCAAGACCUGCUGGAAAGUGGCGCCGGACUUCCGGAUAGUCGGGAAAACGCUCAAGGAUCGCUUUCGAAACGCGGUGUUGGUCGCGCAGAGCAACGUGGGGAGCGUGACCUCUUUAACCAGAGUGAGGGGAUCGCGAAGGAGGAGGCCGGAUCGCCAGAGGCAGAGGAAACACCGCGGCGGCGGAAACGGUGGCGGGCGCAAAAGAAGACCGCGAGAUCUCGCCAAGCAGCUGUUUUACUACCAAGAGUCGCCGAAUUUCUGCGAGAGGGACCCGAGCGCGGACAUUCCAGGGACCGCCGGUCGGAGAUGCAACAAGACCAGCUCCGGCAGAGACGGAUGCAGCAGCCUCUGCUGCGACAGAGGUUACAACGUUGUGAGACAGAGACGCGUCGAGCGAUGCAGAUGCAAGUUUCUUUGGUGUUGCUUCGUGCAAUGCCAAAACUGUACCGUGGAGGAGUGGAUCACUGUUUGCAAGUGAACGGACGUUUGAAAACCCGGUUCAGAAAGCCCUCGCGGCAAUCGGAACUCGUCGGAUUAGAGAUCGGAUCAAAGUACGAACGAGAUUUCGGAUUCAAUCUCUGAGUCUUCGGUCGUUGAAUCUCGUUGUUAAAAAUCGCUAUCUUUUUGAUUACCCAAGAGGACGAUGAGAAUCGAGCUGAUUCGCGUUCGUUUCACGAACGAGCUAGCUUUCCAGAUCUCAAGUUAAAACGCAGAGAAGAUGCGCGAUUCGCGGUUGAAUACGCGAUCGGCCGUCAGCCAUACGGAGAUCAGCUGUGACAGAUUGAUUUAACACCGCGGCGGACUCGGUGACCGUACAUUAUUCACGCUUAGUAACGCUAUCGAGACCGCGUCGCUCUAACAACGCGUAAAGGCAAUUACAAUUUGCAUUUGGAGCGCAUUCGCGGCAGAGACAAUGGAGUAACUGUUCUUAAUCGCGCGAACAACGUAAUUUAAUUGGUAGAUUAAGCGGGCCAAUAAUUUAUUUAUCACGUUGCCUCUAUUUAAUUAGUAGAUAUAAUUUUGAAUUAUCCACCAGCAACUGUAACACCUCCGUCACAGUAUUAUUAGAGAAAAGCAAUUUGUGCGUGUGUAAGAUUUGGAAUGGAUGCGAUAAUUGUAUACAAUUUAAUAAUGCGUGUACAAUAAAGAGUUCCUUU